CAGGCCUCUUUUUGAGGAUGCGUGUGAAUGUGGCAAGCGCUCUUCUUGAAGAAUGAAUGGGAGAUCUUGCUUACCACCAUGCUCUUCACUUCAACUACCCUUGUGGCCCUCGUCUGCCUACUGAGUGAAGCUGUGACAGCAGGUGGUGGUCGACGUCACCAAGGCAGCAGCCUCUCAUCAUUCGUCCAUCCGCUCAUUGCGAUGAGUCGCAAGCGAAGGCGGCUUUCAUCUGAUGCUCUCCACAGAGUCCAACAGGGCCAUGCAUCUUCUUCCCUCGAAGAGUCGUCUAUUGGUCAGGAUGCCGCUGAUGACACCAUCUACGCUCUUUCAUCGGGCUCUGGCAAAGCCGGCGUGGCAGUCAUCCGCAUUAGCGGCCCGCUGUCACCUCUCAUCCUGCAGCUGCUGACGACCGACCCCUCUACUCGUCCCUGCAGCAGCAGCAGCAGCAAUGCAAUCCCCUAUCACGGUCUGAGACCCCUCCCUCCCCCCCGACAGGCCGUCCUUCGCCGCAUCUAUGAUCCUUUGGUGGGCGAGCUGCUCGACCAGGGCCUGGUGAUGUGGUUCCCUUCCCCCCACUCCUUCACUGGCGACGACACUGUGGAGCUUCAUUUGCACGGAAGCCGGGCGGUCAUCGAAGGAGUGUUUGAGGCCUUCAGGAGGCUGCAGAACGCUCUGGUGGAGGGAUGGGGUGAGGUUCGGGUGAGGUUUGAUGGUCUCCGUCCGGCGGAGCGGGGCGAGUACACAAGGCGGGCUUUCGAGAAUGGCAGACUGGACCUGAUGGAGGUGAGGUGGGUGACCUGACACGCAGGCCGGUCGGUGUGUCGUCGGUCCACUGAUGCAUGCCGUGUGCCAUGCCAUGCAGGUUGAGGGUCUGGCUGAUCUGAUAGCUGCUGACACCUCGUCGCAGCGGCAGCAGGCCAUCCGUCAGAUGCGGGGCGGCCUCAGUGCGGUUUACGAGAGGUGGCGGCACGAGCUCACCUCGGCGCUGGCAUGGCUGGAGGCCGCCAUUGACUUCGGUGACGACGACGUCCAAAACGAUGUCGAGGAACAGAGGACAAUGCAGGUACGAAGACAGGUCUACAAGCAGAUCAACAACACACGACAGCGAGAGCUGCACCUGCACAUGGCAUGUGUGUCGUGUCGUGCAGCGUGUGCGUGAGAGAGUGGAUGCACUUGUUGAGUCGAUGGAGAGGGCCCUCAAAGACAACAGGCGGGGCGAGAUCGUCCGCAGCGGUGUCCGAGUGGGCCUCUUCGGCCCCCCCAACGCUGGCAAGUCCUCCCUCCUCAAUGCCCUCGCCCGGCGGCCCGCAGCCAUCGUGUCGUCGACACCAGGGACCACUCGUGACCUCAUCGAGGUGCCCAUCGACCUCUCUGGUGUGCCUGUCAUCGUCACCGACACGGCUGGCAUAAGGGAGGGCGGUCCUGUGAAUGACCAUGGUGAUGGUGACGAGAGGGCGGCUGUCGAUCCUGUGGAGGUGGAGGGUAUGCGGCGCAGCUGGAAGGCUCUAAAGGGAUGUCAGAUCGGCGUGCUGGUGCUGGAUCUGUCUGUCAGGGCGUCAGGUGCGCCGGGUGAUGACCAUCAUGGUGGCAGCGUGAAGUGGCUGAUCGAGCCGCUGCGGGACAUGCAGAUGGAUGGCGAGGGGCCGUCCUUUCUGCUGGUGGUGCUGAACAAGGCCGACCUGCAGCAGCCGACAGGCGGCCUGCUCGCAAGAGUGACGACUGCCAUCAGAGAGACCAUGGGCGGCAAGUGGGCGGAUGAGCGAUGCGAGACGAUUGCCGCCAGCUGCCCUGUUAUCGACAUCGGUGCCAACCUGGGUGAUGUGCAUAUGGGUCAACUAGACGGCAUCGAUGGUGUGGAGAGGGCUCUGGGCGAGGUGGUGCAGAAGGCCGUGUACGGCGAUCCAGGCAGGGCGGGUGGCGGUGGGUUGGGUGAUGUGGAUGUCAUCAUCACUCGUGAGAGGCACCGGGUGCACCUGCAGAGCUGUGUGGAGGCACUCAGGCGAUUCAAAGGUGUGGAGUGGACACACGGGGGGGGUGGGUGGGUAAGAGUAUCCGAGCAGCCAUCCGUCUCUUGGCGCCGUUGUUCUCCUUCCGCUGUGUGUCAGAUGACCCCAGCAUGCCUCUCGACCUGGCGUGCGAAGAGCUGCGGUACGGAGGCAGUCCGACCCCUUACUUACAGAGACAUCUGACACUCGCGCCACUCUGUUCUGAUAUCCCUCCGUUUCUCUGUCUGUGUGUGUGUUCUGUAUGUGUCUGUCAGUGUUGCUGUCCGGUCGCUGGGGCGUGUGGUGGGUGCGGUGGAUGUGGAGGAGAUAUUAGACGUCAUAUUCAGAGACUUCUGCAUUGGCAAAUGAACGAUAAGACAGACGGCAUGUGAUGUGAGAUGGCCGACUGUCAUGCAUCUCGAUCGAUGGGACAGAGAGAGGUGUGCAAUGCACGUACGUCGACUUUCACUCACCACGCGGACAGUCACUCUGUCAUACACACACUCUGCCAUGGAGGCACACACAUACAGCUAGCCGGACUGAUAGAUACAUAGUGACUGACACAUGCAGUAGAUCGACGUAGAUAUGAAGAGAUGGAGGGCUACACACAGACGAGACGAGACGAGACGCACGAACAGACCACGUAACAGACCCACCCACCUGGGCCGGCCCGGUGACCCAUUUGUCCCCACACCCAUCAGAAAGAGGCUAGGCAUGGAAGGAAACUCAGCCAUCGAUCAGCAGCUGGUCUACACCGGACGUGUGUCAG